AUGCCUGCACCCUCUCGAAUUACGAAAUUCUGUCAGCUUUUCUUAGAUGGGGAUGAUCGGUACGUGUUCUUCACCACCCUGGCCAAUGGAGGUACCUCACAGGCCCAGCUUGUUCUUCACAUACCAACGAGCGAGCUGCGCGUGCGUAAAGUGACCCACCUCCCUCUUGACCGCGAAGCGACGAGAAAAAAGAACAGCGAGGAAGUGCUCUUCUUGCUGCAAGAGCAGGCGGCCAAGCAGGGAGCCCAGCCUCACAUUAGCCAUCUGUACUCGUCUAGUGACGUACCGGCGGUUGGCUCGCACGAGAACAGCGAGUUGUGGUCUCGCGUUUCCUAUUCCAAGUGGUACAACGGCGGCACGGUCGGUGAACUAAUUCGUGCCUACACCCACAUGGAACAGGCAAUUCCAAGCACAACUGUCUGGAGACUAACGACACAGGUCGUCGACGCCCUCCACUUCAUGAGCACCUGCGGGGAGGGGGUUCUCCACUUGGACCUCCACAGCGAGAACAUCUUCUUGCACUACGAGGGCGCGGAGGGCUCCCCUCCAAACUUCUACAUCGGAGACUUUGGCAACGCGGAGCACGGCCCCGCGGGAGACCGCACGAGAGAUGUCGGGUAUCUUUCGUUUCAGCUCAACCGGUGGCUGUUCGUCUCCCCUGCACCUGAGCCCAGCGGGCGCGACGAGCUGUGGAAAUAUUUGCACUUCGUCGUCCUGCCGGCCCUGAGGGACAUUGCUGCCUCCCAGGAGUCCCCUGAUCUGGAGCCAGUGAUUGAGCUCUUGCGGAACGCGCCUGCGGGCCCGGUUGAGUCUUUGCCGGAGUGGUUGGACCGCAGGGCCGAAUAUUCGGGCUUACCCAUGUUCAAAACGUACGAGGACGAGUGUGUUGAAGAGCAAGGGGUGAAUGGGCCUUGGUACGCGGCAAAGGUGAGUAUUGACACAGAUAAAAGGCACUUCAAGGUCCUCAGUAUCAGCGAGGAUGCACACUGCAGUGCGGUCCCUCAAGGCCAUUGUGAUGACAGCCUGAGAACCCCAAACUCGGCGAAGCGCGGGCGGUGCAUUCGUAGUGAUUCAAGUGCAUUUAAAGCCGCAGUAGCUAGACUUGUACUGACUGAAGCCCGCUACAAGGAGCAGUUUCCUGAACAGGCAUAUACGGUCUAG